CGCUGCAGUUCGCAGUUGGCGUUCCCUUCCCCCGCCCCGAGUCCGGAUGUAGAUGUGGAUAUGGGGCCGGGGCUGGGUCCUUGCGGUCCUCGUCCUCACUGACAGCAUCGGGAACGGGUUGCAGUGCCACCAGAUCGCGCCCGCCGCCGCGCCAGGACGACGCCUGGGCGGACGGGGUGCCGAUACGCGCUGCCGGUUAUGUCCUGCACGCCCUGCACGCCCUCCUGGUGACCGAGGCCGAGAUGGGCUCCAGCUCCGCCAGCUCAGCCAGGAAGCGGCCGCAGCAACGGCACCGCGACAGCGCCGACCCAAGCCACCGCAACCAGGCCAACGCGCGCGAGAGGGACCGCACGCAUAGUGUGAAUGAAGCAUUCUGCUCGUUACGGGCUCUCAUCCCAACAGAACCUGAAGAUCGAAAGCUUUCCAAAAUUGAAACACUUCGACUUGCAACAUCUUACAUCGCCCACCUUAACACGCAAUUGCACCUUCCAGGAGCUGUCACCUGUUCUGCAGCCCUUGCAUCACGCUCCGGAAUAAAAAUAUGCACAUUCUGUCUAGCAGCCAAACCAAAAUUAAAAUAAAAACAUAUGAAAUGUUGUUGAAACAUGACAAUAAAAACUUAAAGCAGAAAAAAUGUUGGUACCUUUUGUAUUAAUAAGGAGAGGUGAUUUAAAAAAAUACAUCAAGUUGAC